AUGGCAUUUAAUGACACUAUUAUAGCAGCCUAUGCAUCAGCAUCCAAUCUAUCAUUAUUUCCAUAUUCAGAUAAUUUACCAAUUGUAAUCGAAUCAUCAGGAUCAGGUGAAACAUUAUUAACAACCGCCUCUUCAACAUUAAUCACAUUAAUACAAACUACAAAAAAUUUAACAUUACCAUCGACUCAUCUUAUUCAAACAACAUCGUAUCCAUUUGUAGCUAAUUCGUCGUCUCUAUUAUCUACAAUAUUUUCAUCAUUACCAUUGACAUCUAUUGUCUCUCCUACAUCUCUUUCUACUAAUCAGUCAACAACAUCAACGACAACUUUUACUCGAUCUACUGCAUCAGCGACUGUAUCCUAUUUACCGGUUGUAGUUGCAACAUCAUCAACAACUCUCUCCCAUCGUUAUAAGACCAUAACAUCAUCAUCAUCUACUUACAUACCGACAGAAAACGAUUAUUUUUUAUUUAAAACAAAAUUUCAUCGUAUUAUACGCAUUGUUGAAUUAUUCAUUCUCAGUUUAACAUUACCACUGUAUGCAAUUGUUUUAAUAUUAUUUAUUGAAAUAAAUAUUCAACAUCAUCGUCGUAAACGAAUGAGAAGUCUUAUAUGGACAAGUAAUUAUUUAUUAGUCGAUUUUAUCGGUUUACUUUAUGAAAUAAUAUACGUUAUUAUCCAUUUAACAGGUGAUCUGAAAAUUAGAAGUACAUUUGGACUUAUUUAUUGUCAAUUUCAAUUGUAUAUUCCACUUUAUUUAACAGCAACAAUGGCGUAUAGUCUUAUGGCUAUAUCAAUCUAUCGUAGAAGACAUUUCAUACGAUUAGACGUACAAACAAGACAUUCAAAACGAAUUAGUUUAAUUAUGAUUGGUUGUCUAUGGUUAAUGCCGUUAAUAACAUCAAUUGUACCAGCCUCGAUGCUAACACGAUUUAAUAUCAUGAAAAUGUUUUAUCAUGAGCAUACAAAUGAAUGUCAAAUUAAUUAUAGUUAUAGUUCAGGUGUCGAAGCUGCAUACAUGUUCUAUAGACUAGGGUUUUUACCAGGACACUAUCCACUAUCAACCGAAAUAGUAUCACUGAAAACGGAGGAUGACACCUCUGAAAGUUCCAUCGGAAGAAGUCAUAUUUUUUUGUUACCAUUAAGCGUUUCGUUCGUCUGUUAUAUGACAAUAUUUUUAAAUUUAAUUCACAUGCAAAAACGUUUUGAUCGUGAAUUUAAACGUCAUGUUCAUAUUCGAAAAAAUCUCAUAUUACAAAUUCUAUUUUUAUUUUUAAAUUUUGCUGUAUUUUGGUUACCAGCUGAAAUAAUUACAAUUAUGUCAAAAAAUCGCUUAUUAAAAGAUACUGUACAAGUGACAAAAAGUUUAAAUAUUUUAUUAGAUCCAAUUAUUAUUACCGGAUUUGAUACAAGAUUUUCAAAUGCUGCUAAACAAUUACUAAAAAAAUGGCGAUUAUAUCAAUUAUUGUGUACACGACGUUCAUUGAGUGAAACAAGUGUUCAAGGUACAAUAACAUCGACUCGUGGUAUUGGUGGUAAUUUUUAUCGAACAAGUGCGACAAGAAGACGAAUGGCUACAGUUGAUACGGAUACUAUAGAAUUUAAAAAAACAAAUAGUUUAUUUCGAAAAACAACAUUAGACAGAAAUAAACUAAAACCCAAUCCGUCAAUACUAGAAGAAAAUACCUGGAGUCAAGAUCAAUGGAAUCAUGUUCCACUUGUUACUUCACCAUCAACACAUUACCGAUCAAAUUCAAUGACAACAAAAGAUGGUCAACAAAAACAACGAAAUCGUAUUAAAACAACUGUUCAACAUCAUCAACGUCCACGUUCAUAUUAUCAACAAAAUUUUUCAUCUAAAUCUCUUGAUAAUCGUAAACGAACGAUGCCAGUACGAUCUCAAACAAUCGUCGCAAAUUCAUCUUCACGUGGUCGCGCAGUUAAAUCUGAUUUAGAUUUAGAUCAAAAUAAAAAUUAA